ACAGUACGUAAACGCAUCCUGUCGCCACACCGGAUAUUAACGUCGUUUCCUUUGCUCGCGGAACAGACGUGAUUAAGCUAAGCUAGCAAUGUCAGGUGUCGAAGAAACUUCGAAUGAAUCUGUAAAAGUUAAAGAAGAUAAAGAGUUUGAUGCAGAGGCUGAGGACCACAUCGGGGAUGAUUACCUUGUUGACCCAACUCGAUAUAUAUCUUACAGGGACAGAAAGGACUGGGCUGACCUGGAGCCUGUUGUUCAGGAUGAUGGGCCAAAUCCUGUAGUGAAGAUCGCCUAUUCUGAAAAGUUCUCAGAUGUUUAUGACUACUUCCGUGCCCUCCUGAAGAAUGAUGAGAAAAGUGAACGGGCCUUCGCCUUGACAGCAGAGGCUAUUGAGCUAAAUGCUGCAAAUUACACAGUGUGGCACUACAGGCGAGUACUGCUGCAAGCCCUGUCAAAGGACCUGAGAGAGGAGAUGAGCUACAUUACUGCCAUCAUUGAGGAGCAACCCAAAAACUAUCAAGUAUGGCAUCACAGACGUAUGGUGGUAGAGUGGUUGAAUGACCCCUCAGAGGAACUGGAGUUCAUUGCGGACAUUCUCAGCCAAGAUGCGAAGAACUACCACGCCUGGCAGCACAGACAGUGGGUCAUCCAGGAGUACAAACUGUGGGACAAGGAGCUGGAGUUUGUGGAGAAUCUUUUGGAAGAUGAUGUGAGGAAUAAUUCAGCAUGGAACCAGAGGCAUUUUGUCAUUUCUCACUCUACAGGCUUCUCUGAUCCAGCCAUAGUGGAGCGAGAGAUUCAGUAUUGUCUGAACCAGAUCAGGAAGGCUCCUCACAAUGAAAGUGCAUGGAACUAUUUGAAAGGGAUGCUACAAGACAAAGGUCUGUCAUCUCAGCCAGGCUUGCUGGAGAGGGUCCUGGAGCUGAAGGAGACCCACUGUUCGCCCUACCUUCUCGCAUUUCUGUUUGACUGCUAUGAGGAUGCCUUGGAGAACGGCAACCAGAAGGAAACUGGGGGGGAGGAGGAACAAAAGCAAACUUUAAGAAAAGCUCUAGAAAUUUGUGACCUUCUGGCGAAAGAGAAAGACACCAUCCGUAAGGAGUACUGGCUGUUUUUGGGACGUUCAUUAAAGCUCAAAUACAGAAGCACCAGUCUCUCUGAGCCUGUGGGUGACAGCGCUGAACCUUCCCUCUCAGCAUCUACACAGCAGUAGAUGAGACUUCCAGCAGACUCAUAAUUUCCACUCCUAGCCAUCUUCAUCUGCAAUGUCUACAGAACUAACCUGUAUGUGGUAUUACUGUAAAUUGCUAUUGUGUAUAUUGCUGAAGAAAUGUCUUGAAAUAAUCACUAAGAUGAGGUCAUCAAAAGGCACUGAGAUGGACUUCUAACAGAUGCAAGGCACAAAGUACUUGAAAGUUUUCCUCCGGCUAAAAUUUACAAAUGUUGCACAUGGUUUAAACAAAGCAUUAUGUUUGUCUUUUUAAACCAUAAACCACACAAAUAACUGACUGUAUCAGCACCUUUCAGGUUUAUUAGUUACUUCUUCUUAAUCUGUUUCUUUGAGCCUGAACAUAUCAGCCAUUGCCAUCUACACAGUGUGCCAACAGUCCCCAUGCCAUGUGUACUGACAACACCUCGAGUGUGUUUACAGGCACACUAAUAUCCAAUUCUUAGUCUUUAAUUAUUGAUAGGUGAACAUGUUAAUGUCUGACUAGAGAAAAAUGUUUCUGUACUAGUAGGAGCUUUGACUUAUUUAAUCCUUUACAAGUAGUUUAUAAAUGUGUUUGUAGAGGUUUUCCUUCUACAGGCGUAUGUUUGAAUGGACUCACAAUAAGACUAUGUGGAGAACUGUGUGCAUGUAAACCCAGCUCAAUCCUGGAAAAUUUCUUGAUUGUCAGAGUAUUUAGGUUUUUUAAUGAAGGGAAAUUUAUCAUGAAAUGUAAAAAUAAAACUCGGCACAACAAACUAAAAA